CGCUUUGACCAGAAGCCCUUCGUUUCUCAACACAGAUUGUUUUCUCCGGACAUCACGAACCAUCCAAGCCCUCGUGCUCCCAUGACAACCUGCCCUCUCCACUCAAAGAGCCACCUGGACUCAAAAUGAUCAAAUGCUGCUUUCUUUAAGAGGCAAAUGUCGAAUUAUUAGCCCGACUUGAUAUUUUAAACGUGAUGAAUGACAAAUAUCACCGCGCGGCCAGAGAUGGCUUCUUGGACUUACUCAAAAAGGCCACGCGUAAAGACCUGAAUUCCCCGGACGAGGAUGGGAUGACUCCGACGUUGUGGGCGGCAUACCACGGCAACUUGGAUGCUCUCAGACUUGUGGUAGGGCGGGGAGGAGAUCCAGAUAAGUGUGACAUCUGGGGAAACACUGCUCUACAUGUGGCUGCUGCUAACGGCCAUCUGAACUGUCUGUCUUUCCUGAUUUCAUUCGGCGCCAACGUGUGGUGUCUGGACAACGACUACCACACUCCCCUAGACAUGGCUGCCACCCGUGGCCACAUGGACUGCGUUCGUUACUUGGACUCCAUCGUCGCCAAGCAGAUGACCCUUAACCCCAAACUGGUGACCAAGCUGAAGGAGCGCGCAGUCCGCACCGCAGAGCGUCGCAUUAAAGCCUGCACCAAACUGCAGCACAAGCACCAGCUGCACAUGGAGAAGCGCUUCCUGAAAGAGGCAGUUGCCAUGGAUAUACCCGAUGCCACAAGCUUAUCCAGCUCCAACAGCUGCUUGAGCAACAAGAGCCCACAGUUCAGCAAUGUUUACUCCAGUGUCAGCUCCAGACAGGCAACACUGCACUUCACAGCUAAGGCAAAGACGAUGAUCCAGAAAUGUCUAGAGAGGAAGACACAGGGUGAUAGCACUUUUAAAAUCUCGGAGGAUGGCCGCAAAACCGUGCAUUCCCUGUCUGGCCUGCAGCUGGGCAGCGAUGUGUUGUUCCUGAGGCAGGGCCCGGCUAGUCACCAACACGUCCGGAACAUGUUCGACCUGGACGGGAUGGCUGAUGAUGAUGAUGAUGAUGCAGACACAGUUUUACGUGCUCUGAGUGAACCAGGGCUGUAUGAUACCACCUACUCAGAGGUCUACGAAGACUCCAGCCAAGAUUCCCUGUUCUCCCGACCAGGCCUCGGAAUGCUAGUCUUCCGGCGGAGGUACGAUGGAGAGGGAAUGUUAAGCAGCCAGGAUGAGUUGUACAGCAAGGUGGGCAGCAAGCCGGUGGGGCACGUAUCAAACGUGCACCUACAAGGCCGACUGCCUCCAUCACCCAGCCCAGGAAGCUUAGCAAGCCUACAGGACAGAAACCUACAGGAUUUACCAUGGGAUGAUGACGAUCUUGGCCUAGAGGAUGAUGUUGUCGAGCUGCAAUAUUCCUCAGCUGCUCUGGAGGUGUUCCUAGCAGCCCAGAGUCUGAGUGACUACUUCUCCAUGUUCCUGCGAGAGCAUAUGGACCUGGAGAACCUGCUGCUGUGCUCUGAAGCUGACCUGGCCGCCAUUCACAUCCCCCUCGGCCCCCGCAAAUGCCUUAUAGAGGCCUGCAGAAGACGUAGCCACACACUGCAGCAAGCAGGGGCCAUGCAUGACACUGAACUCUGA